UUCUUUUAAAAAACUGCUACGCAGUAAGUGAAUUUAUACAAGACAGUACUUCUUUUCUGACUUCUACCCAAAAUGCAUGCGUUUAAAAAAAUUAAUGAAUAUUUUCAAAAUUUCAAAUACUAACUCAUUUAUGUUGUGAACCACACUAUCAAUUUGACAUUUCGCCAUGUUUAUUGACUUGUUAAACGUCAACAUUGAAAUUUCACAAUUAAAGCUUUAUUGAAGCUCCUAAAUUAUCAUAUAUACCCAUACUCUGCGAAAAAAUAGAAUAUAUAUUAGUAAACUGACUGUGAUUCCUAUUGAAAAUGAAUCGUACUGAUGGACUCAUACAAAGAAAAAAUAUAACUCGUGAAAGUAGUGAAGGUGUGACUAAGGAACAGCAUGGAUUUGAUAAGAAAGAUGAUCGAGUUGAUGACUUAGAAGAUGGAGACUCAAAAGAAACUCGAUUAACACUAAUGGAAGAAGUUCUACUUCUCGGACUUAAAGAUAAAGAGGGUUACACUUCAUUUUGGAAUGAUUGUAUAUCUAGUGGCUUAAGGGGGUGCAUCUUGGUUGAACUCGGAUUACGAGGAAGAAUAGAGUUGGAGAAGGCUGGCAUGAGACGCAAGGGACUUUUAUCUCGAAAGCUAAUUCUUAAAAGUGAUACCCCUACAGGUGAUGUUUUAUUGGAUGAAGCUUUAAAACAUAUAAAAGAAACAGAUCCACCUGAAACUGUUCAAAGUUGGAUUGAAUAUUUAAGUGGCGAGACAUGGAAUCCGCUAAAAUUGCGAUAUCAACUCAAAAACGUGAGAGAACGUUUAGCAAAGAAUUUAGUUGAAAAGGGCGUUUUAACCACUGAGAAACAGAAUUUUUUGCUUUUUGAUAUGACAACCCAUCCUCUUACCGACAACGUUACAAAAUGUCGCCUUGUUAAAAAGAUUCAAGAUGCAGUAUUAACAAAAUGGAUAAAUGAUCCACAACGCAUGGAUAAGCGAAUGCUGGCUCUGAUAUUCCUUGCCCAUGCCAGUGAUGUUUUAGAGAAUGCUUUUGCCCCGCUCAAUGACGAUGAUUACGAGCUAGCAUCAAAAAGAGUCCGAGAACUUCUGGAUUUGGAUUUUGAACAAGAAUCUGUUAAGCCAAAUUCUACAGAAGUUUUAUGGGCAGUGUUUGCUGCAUUUACCAAGUAAUUCUAAAAAAACGGAAAUACAUGAAGUAAAAGUAAAAUCAGUGUUAACAAGAAACGUGUUAUAGUAACGACUUGUUUACUCCAUCUGAAAAAGACUGUUUUUUACUUAAAAUUUUAUUGAUUUACAUGCAUCAAUGUAUAUCAGAUUAAAUGUGUUUGUAAAAAGGGACAGUGUAUUAAAAAUUUAAACUAGCAACUACUUAUUAAAAUUAAAAUGAAUUCUUUACACUGUUACUUUUGAUACUACUAUACUGGGAAUAUUUUUUGAUAUGUAUCAAGUGUCAUAAAAAUUAGUAGUGAUAUAAUUUAUAUCUUUUUCAUGCCUACAAAUUUUAUUGUGUAUGUAUUAAACACUUUAGUAUUUAUAUUUUCAUUAUUUGUUAUGUGCAUCAGUUGCACUUUGUGAUCAUAUAAAAUUUGUUUAUACAUAAAACGCCCAAUAAGCAAACAUCAUAAUUAACUUCCUUCGAGCAGGUUAAUGUAUUGUAUUACGAUUAUUCAAUUUUAAUGAUGUAAUUGGCACGAAUUAUUGUAUUGUAAUAAUA